CACGUUCUUCAAUUUAAUACUAAUUAAGGCCAUGUCGAAUGCUUCGGAGUACCGCUGGAGCCGGCAAGGCUACCGUCGCCUCUCGUCCCAGCAGCCCUCCAUCGACUUGGCCAAGAACGCUGAGACGACAGCGGCGACGACAACACUGAAGAGGUCGAAGACUACUAGGGACGUAAAGGUGCAUCCGGUGAUGAGGAUCCUGCAGACACCGUCAAAAAAGGAGACGGCGAGGCCAGAGUUCUUGAGGUACUUGGAGUAUAUGAGGGAGGCCGGUUCAUGGGAUCCCAGCUCCGACAGGCCGACCAUUUACUUCAAGUAGAGCCACUCGUGUUCUUAAUUUCGAUGUUUUUCAGCUGGUUGUGAAAAAAAUAUAUGUUUUUGAAUUUAUUUUUAGUGUUGAAUUUCCUUGAUUAAAUUUAAAACCGGCUUUGUUCAAUCAA